AUGGCGGCAGAGUUGGAUGAGGGGAAGUUCUGGUUGCCGCCUCAGUUUUUAACCGACGAUUUACUGAUUGACGGCCAGAAUAAAAUUCAUCAGACUAAGAAAACCGAUGACUUUUCAUUCGCGUUUGGAAACUCAUUUGGUCCUUUCUCGGAUCUGAGUUCACCAGUUGAGUCGGUGAUGGGAUCUACGGAAACAGAGAGCGACGAAGAUGACUACAUGACUGAGUUAACUCGCAAGAUAGCUCAAUCUACUAUUCAAGACUCCAGAUACUCGGUUGAAAACAAAAAAGGAUGGUGGGUUUCUGGUUCUCCACAAUCAACUCUAUGCAGUGUUAUGGGACGUUGUGGGUGCAACCCGGGUUCCGGCCUUCGGAGCCCCAACUGCUUGUCGAAGGUUCCAUCCCCGCCAGAUGCCUACCGGGAAAAUCCGACGUCGUUGGAUUUAUUGUCUGCGGCUGCUGAAGAGGUUGCCCGGAUGAAGACGAUGGAAGAAAUAAAUGGGUUUCAUUCCACCAACUACAGAGUCGGUGUUGAUGGACUUUUAGUUCCGCACAGAAUACACGGUGCUGCUACAGUACCAUCCAAAAACCCAAAUCGCUGUUCUGAUUUUUACCCUAACUAUACCCACCUUUCAUCUCAACAUAUACAAGUCACUCAAUUCCUGCAGUUGAAGGAACAACAGAUGAUAAAGCAACCUCAACAUGGACAAAUGAAAUGCGGGUACCCUCAAAUGGUUCAGAAUGGUGGUAGGCCUAAUGAGUUGUCAAUAGAUGCUUUGUCUACUGUACAACAAUCUCAAAAACAACAGCAGCCUGGUUCAGGCAUGAGAGCAUUGUUUCUUGGAGAUCCCGGGACUAAAAAAGAACGUACUGGAACCGGUGUUUUCUUGCCCAGAAGAGUUGGAGCCCCCACCGAAACGCGAAAGAAACCAGGGUGUUCUACAGUUCUGCUACCAGACAGAGUGGUCCAGGCUUUAAAUUUGAACUUGGAAUCCAUGGAUCCGCAGCCACCAAACAGAGCAAAUGGAAAUUUUACUCCUGACUAUGCUGCUGCUGUGAAGUACAGAAAUAAUGUUGUAAUGGCACAGCAGAGAAAAAAUCAAAGAUCUGUCCCAGUGACCAAUCAAGACCACCUCAGGCUCCCUCAGGAGUGGACUUACUGA